UAUUAGGCCUACCACUAAGAAUUAUUUUCAUUAUUGACGAACUUGUAAAAUAGUUUUGUUUAAUAAUCAUUUAAUUGUUUUGCAGAUACAAUGUUUUAGAAUAGUGCCAAAUGUCAGACGAAUUGGUCUUUAUUUAUUUGGUCCAAGAAAAAAAGCUGUUUAAUUACAUAUCCACGAAAUGUAGAAAGAAACUGAGCAAAGAGAGUUGUUUUUCCUGCAGCCGCGAAAUAAUAUCUGCUUUUGUUUUUCAUGUGUUUUGCCAUCACCUGAAGUAAAUGUUUUAUGAUCAUUCAGAAGUUCACUGCGGCACCAGAACAUUGUUUGGAUCUUCACAGGAGCACAAUGGGGAAACUCAUCACAGCACUGGGCGUUCUGCUCGUUUUACACAUGGCCUCAUCCACUAAACUGGUGUGCCACAUGACCAACUGGGCCCAGUAUAGGCCCAGCAGUGGCAAAUUCACCCCGGACAACAUUGACCCCUUCCUGUGCACACACGUCAUCUACGCUCUGGCCUCCAUCAACAGCUUCAACCAGAUCACCCCGAUCGAGUGGAACGAUGAGCAGCAGUUCAUCAGGCUCAACAACCACAAGAAUGUUAAUCCUGACCUGAAGACGGUGCUGUCUGUCGGAGGAUCAGUCUAUGGAAUCAGCCCGUUCAUCGGCGUGGUUGCCAGGCCAGAGGGCCGCGCAGCCUUCAUCAAGUCGGCCAUCAGAUACCUCCGCACCCAUAACUUCGACGGGCUGAACUUGGCCUGGGAGUUUCCAGGACACAACGGCAGCCCAAGCAGUGACAAGGAGAGGUUCACUCUGCUGGUCGAGGAACUUUCCAAGGCCUUUGAGGAUGACGCCAAGGACACCAGGAAGACUCAGCUGCUGCUGUCAGCCAACGUGGCUUCUUUACGUUCCACCAUCAACAGAGCCUACGAGGUCGAAAAGAUUUCACUUGCCCUUGACUUCAUCAAUGUCAUGACCUAUGACUACCAUGGACACUGGGAGGAAGCUACUGGACAGAACAGCCCGCUGUACCGCAGCUCUGUGGACUCCGGCUCACACAUUCAUCACAACAUUAACUCUUCCAUAUCUCACUGGCUGGGUCUGGGAGCACCAUCCGAGAAGUUGCUGCUGGGUUUCCCUACGUACGGACGAACCUAUCGCCUUACCAGCGCUGAUACCGGUGUAGGAGCACCGUCUAACGGUCCCGCAGAUGCCGGACCCUACACUCGCACUGCCGGCUUCUGGUCCUACUAUGAGAUCUGUGACUUUACCUACAGUGCUAUUAUUGAAUGGUCCCCUGAACAGGAGGUUCCUUACGCCACCUUUGGAAGCUCCUGGCUGAGUUAUGAUGACUUCCGCAGCUAUUCUUCCAAGGUCCAGUUUCUGAAUGCCAACAACAUGGGAGGUGCCCAUGUGUGGACUCUGGACAUGGAUGACUUUGGUGGAUACUUCUGCGCAGAAGGAAGUUAUCCUCUUGUCAACCACCUCAGGAUGUCAAUGGGCUUCGCCCCAAAGCCCACCACCACCAAAGCCCCCGCCACCACCCUGGACCCCAUUGCACACUUCUGCAGUGGCCGCCCCAAUGGCCUGUAUGAGAACCUGGCUGACAAGACCACAUACUUCCACUGCGUCCAGGGACACACAUACCUGCAACGCUGCCAGUCUGGCCUCAUCUAUUGGGACUCCUGCAAGUGCUGCAACUGGCCCUAAGCCACAGACUGAACUACGAGCACACACCAAUAAUACAAUUUCCAAUAAUAUCUUAACCAAUAACAUUUAACCAAUAAUAAAAUUGCUUUUUGCAGCUAUCUCAGUGCUUUCAUCAAACUAAUUAAACAUAAUCUACUGACUCGAUGAAUGAUAUGACAUUUUGAAAUGUAUACUGCUUCCCUACAUUAUUACUCCAGUUUGAAGUGAAAGUGACAAAUCAUGAAUUUGUGUCCACUCUACAAUUACACAUGCAACUGUAUUAUAUGCUUCUAUGUCUCUCCAUAGACUUUGUAACAAUAGGUGGAUUAUGAAUAAAGUGUCUGUACUGGGAUGAAGACCAGGAAUAAAAUCCAUCAUUCUGAA